ACUUAAUCCAGAAAGUAAUGUGCUUAAUACGAUAUUGAUGGGCUAAAGAUCCUGCUGAGAUCUCACUCUGUACUCCCAAUACAGUGGGAUUAAAUGGGCGAAUCAUUUCUCAACAGGAUUACCAUCAUGCUGAUAAAAUCAUCGGUUACCGUCAUAUUUUGUGCUUUUUUUGCCUCGACUGCCAUAGCUACAGUAGUAAAGAAGGUACUUUCACCUGUUUAUAAGAAGCAUCUACGAGUAAUUAAAUUACAACUUUUUAAUCCCAAACAAAGUGGAAAGGAUAAAAUGGACACAUCAACCGAUGCUCAUCAUGCCAGAAGGGCGUAUGAUUAUUUUUAUCAGCGAUUAUCAGCAAUGCGGAAUGCUACGGAUCGCGGUCCUCCUGUUCCGCCGCCUCCAAGUUCAAUCUUGCAUUCUACCCUAGUAGAACAAAACGAACCGCAAAAUCGGAAUACCUCCCGCUCGAUAGAAAUACAUCGGCCGGUGCUGACGGCACAUCAUAGAGAUGGUUCCGGGGGCAAUCAUAUGCAGAUAAUUCAGAGCGGGAACAAUAAUAACAUGGCGGCAUUGUUACCGCUACUGUUGAUGAACAACGGCGGCGGAAACGGAAGACAGGAUGGCAACGGAGGCAACAACAACGCAGCACUAAUUUCCAUGAUGAUGUCCAUGAUGACCCAACAUAACACCCAACAAAUCCAGUAUUAUGGUGGUCACAGCGACAGAUGACCCAAUUUUUACCCAAAUUUAAUUUUCAGCUUUAUAUUGUUCACUUCAAUAUUUUGUGCUAUAAUAUCCAGAUUUCAUAAUGCAGUUUUAGUUCGAGCUUGCUAUCUUGUAGCUUUACGUUUGUGCGCCAUUGGAGCAGCAUAAGCGUAAAAUAUUUUAUACUUAAUCUGCAAUGGACACUGGCACGUGCAACAAGCUGGCAAUGAAAACAUCAGCCCGAAAACUUGGUUCUUAAUAC